GACCUCAACAUCCUUAUUCCAUUGGUUGCAUUCAAUUUGCGCCAGUAGUUGAAAUGAAAUUGCAAUUGCAAGUCUUUGUUUUUUAUUUUUAAAACUAUUCACAACUCACCGUAUUGACCUUUCACAAUAGAAAUAACGUUACCAAAGUAGCGGAUUGCUGCACCAUUUUUCGUAAACCUAGCAACGUGUAUCGUUGCUACCAAACGAAACGUUGUUACGUUGUCCAUAGACGCACCUGCAUACACACGUUUCUUUCAGUUACCUUUAGGCCCUUUCCCUCUAAAUUAUCUAUCGUGGCAAAAUUGCUGAUGUCUAAUCCACCGACCAAAGUGAAACCACCAACGCUAGCCUCGAUGUUUACACUGUUCGCCAAGUACCGGCCAACGUUGAACUCUUUCCAAGGUGAUGGAAAACGCAUCCUGCUGUCGCAAAGUGAUUGCUGGAUGCAACAGGCCGGCCUCAUCGGUUCCAAACACUUCACUCUUACCCAAACCGGGUUAACGUUCUUCGAGUUUAGAAAGUCAACGCUAGAUUACGAAGAGUACUUACAGUUCCUGACGAUGCUUUGCAACGAGAAGCAGGUGGAUGUGGAAGAGGUGAAAGACAAACUUACCAACUGUGGUCCACCAGGCAUCAACUCAUGACAGUUUGGAAUGCACACGCUGAUGUCGUACCUGGGCAGCAUACUGGAGGAUCCUAAGGGCACACACGAACGUGGUUUAGAUACGUGGGGCUAGAUGAUAAUAUAGCUUUAUAUCGUUUGACUUGCUAUACAAGCGCCUCUACCAGCAAAACCUAUCCAGUUAGUUAAACUUCAAUAAACCAUACGGAGUUAUUAUUGUAUCGUA